AUGGAGGUGAUUGAGAAUCCAGAAUCGAUUCAUCUAGACCUACCGACAAAUGACAAUUGCCAUUUCAUCAACCCGUUCCAGUUGGUUCGUGACAAAAUUACCGGGUCCAAGACUUGCCUCGUGAUUUUGAACCAGGAGAUAGCCAUAUCUCCAGAGCUCUUUGAGAGAAUAUGGGGAAAUUGUGAGCUGAGAAUAUGUGCAGAUGGCGGUGGAGACAGGUUGCUUGAGUAUUCUACCAAGCAUGGCAAAACAGAAAGCUAUUUGCCCCACUAUAUAAUAGGGGAUUUGGAUUCUUUAAGUGAUGGUACUAAGAAGUUUUACGAGGAUAGAGGAGUUACUGUCAAGCAGCAAUGGUCUCAGUGGCAUAGUGAUUUAGACAAGAGCAUUGUUCUGUGUGAUUUGUACUUCAACAGAGGCAAUAUCGAUUUGAACAAACUAGACGAUGAAGAUGGACUGUUCAAGCUGGACUCAGAAACACCUAAAUCCGAGACAGAAGUGUCGAUUCUGCUACUGAGUGCGAUAGGUGGACGGUUCGACCAGACGAUUCAUUCAAUAAAUAAGUUGUUCGUUUAUUCGGAGACCAAACCCAAUUUGGACAUAAAGCUGUGGAAUAGUGGGUUUGACGAAAUGAUCCUUCUCAUCAAAAAAGGCGAGAACUUCGUGUUUUUGCCUGGCGAUAAAAAGAACUACAACGUGGGGCUUCUACCGCUGGGACAGCGGGUUAAUCUUUCAACGAGGGGCUUGAAAUGGGACGUGACACAUUGGGAGAGUCAUAUUUAUGGAAGUGUGAGUUCCAGUAACAGGACUGUGGCCGAUACGGGGUUCUGGAUUGAGACAGAUGAGGCUCUUGUUGUUAAUCUUCAAAUAGAGAUGUGA